GAGUUGAUAAGAAAGAUAACUGCAACUACCUGGACUGGAGAUGCAAAUUGCAUAUCGUGAACUUUUAUGACUAGUUUUGUUAGUCUAUACACACAUUAAAUUUUGUAACAAUGUUUGAUUGUGAUGGUGGAAUCCCCCCAUCUGAUUCUAUACCUGAACUCCUCGAUAUUGACAAGGCAAUCAAGAACCAACCAUGUGAACAAGAAGUACGCAUGGACGUAACAAAAUCUAUUUUACCAGAAAUAGAUGAUUCUGAAGAUGUUAGUAAUACUAAUAAUAAGCAAAACAUUGCAUCAGACUUAGUUCUAAAUUCUGAGAAAAGCCUGAAAACUAACGAAAAGCAUCCUGAAGACAAAACCAGAGGUUUGUCGAAUAGGGCUUUGAAAAGACACAGGAGAAUGCAAAACAGUAAGGAAAGAAAUCGGAAAAAUAAAGUAAGAACAGUUGAAGACAGAGGAUAUUCGACAAAUAUCUUUUCACAAACAGAGUAUUAUUUUGAAAAUGGACUAAGAAAGGUUUACCCCUAUAAUUUUACUUUCUCAACUCAUGCUAAAGAGAGAUGGUAUAAGAAGACAAUAUUGGACGUUUUUACUAAAGAAUUUGUGGCUGGAACUCCAGAAUUCUACCGUCGACACAUUGAGUUGGGGAAAGUUGAAGUAAAUGGAAAGAGAGUGACAGAGAAUUACAUAAUAAAGAAUGGUGAUGAAAUUUCACACACCAUCCACCGACAUGAGAAUCCUGUACUAGGAGGCAACAUUGAAAUUAUCUCCGACACAGACGAUCUUUUGGUGAUUAAUAAGCCUGCCUCCAUACCAUGUCAUCCUUGUGGAAAAUAUAGAUUUAACUCAAUUGUAUUUAUCUUAGGGAAGGAACUUGGUUAUUCUAAUCUUAGAAAUAUAUAUCGUUUAGAUCGACUUACUUCUGGCGUGCUAAUUUUGGGAAAAACAGUUGCUAGAACAAAACAGUUAGAAGACCACAUUGUAAAAAGGCUUGUUCAAAAAGAGUAUGUUUGUCGUGUUGUGGGUAAAUUUCCUGAUGGUUUAAUCAAAGUAGAUCAGCCAUUAGCUUGUAUGCGACACAAUUUAACCUUAUGGCGAGUUCAAGAAGGUGGAAAAGAAAGCCAAACUUCUUUUGAAAGAUUAAGUUAUAACGGUUAUACUAGUGUUGUUAGGUGUUUACCUCAUACAGGGAGAACACACCAAAUUCGUGUUCACCUUCAGUAUCUUGGACAUCCUAUUGUUAAUGACCCAUUUUAUAAUAGUGAAGCAUGGGGGCCAAAUAGAGGAAAAGGAGGCAUCAUAGAAAAUACUGAAAAAGAAGUGGCGGAUGCAAUUUUGAAAGAACAUAAUGUUGGACAGUGGGUGGAAGGCGAAAAUCCAUUAUACACUAAAAAGUUAAAAGAAAUGAAAGCCAAAGAGAGUACAAAACACACAGAAGAAUCAAUCAGUGAAAGUCAAGAAAAAAAGGGUGAUGAUGAUACAUCUGAACCUGUCACAGAAUCUAGUGAUGCCAAUAAAAAUCUGAUGAGUGAUGAUGGUACAUCUAUCACGUUCACAACAGUCAAAGAAUCUGAUACUCUCACAACUUCUGAUACCAAUAAAACUCUGAUAGACGAAAGUGGAGAACCUCCAAAUAAAAGAGUUAAAUUAACCAAUCCUGAACAAUUAGAUUUCAGUGAAGAGAAAUGGAACGUUGAUCCAGAUUGUGAAGAGUGUAAACUGAAGUAUUUAAAUCCAUCUCCGGCAGAUCUUAUUUUAUAUCUACAUGCUUAUAAAUACAAAGGUCCUGACUGGGAAUAUGAAGCUUCACUUCCUGAUUGGGCUUCUGAAGACUGGAAGGAUAUUAAUGAUUAGGAUUUUAUAACUGUCUUUAAUAUGGGCAAUAUGGCACAUGUUACAUAUUCAUGAAUUUCCAUUUUUGUCUACAUAGGAAGAUUGUUGAAAUAUGUUGAUCAAUAAACAUUCAAAUUUUA